AUGGUCAGAAAUCUCAACAAUUACAAACAAGGCAACAUCACGAAGAGGUACAAUGGCGCGAAGAAAUUCGAAUAUAAGAUGGUGCCAAUAGGAUCUAAACGGCUCAUGGACGUGUAUAGACACUCUCGACCUGACUGCGCUGAUGAAGAAAAUUCCGCAUCAUCUUACCAAUAUCCAUUUGGAAACCUGCCCACACUGGUGUCGCACGUCCAGCCCCAUUGGGUUAUCCUUAAUGCUGGCAUGAAGCUGGACUCAAGAUCAGAAUGCGAGAUGGACGCUUUCUAUGAGCGCGUCGCCCAUGCCUAUGACAUUAGUAGAACAGUGGCGAUUUCUUUCAUCAAGGAUAUAAUCGAUCUUAACGCAAAAUGGAGGUCCCCCACACCCCAAGAGGUCGCGUCACCCAAAGUUGCGCUACCCAAGAUUACGAUACCCAAGGUUACGCUACCCAAGGUUACGCUACCCAAGGUUGCGCUACCCAAGGUCGCGCGAUCCAAGGUUGUGCUACCCAAGGCUGCGUCACCCGAGGUUGCGCUAUCCAAGGUUGCGUCACCCGAGGUUGCAUUAUCCAAGGUCGCGCCCCUCCAGGUCGCGCCGCCCCAGGUCGCAUCGCCCGAGGUUGCGUCGCUCCAGGUUGCAUUGCCCGAGGUUGCGCUAUCCAAGGUUGCGUCACCCGAGGUUGCAUUAUCCAAGGUCGCGCCCCUCCAGGUCGCGCCGCCCCAGGUCGCAUCGCCCGAGGUUGCGUCGCUCCAGGUUGCAUUGCCCGAGGUUGCGCUAUCCAAGGUUGCGUCACCCGAGGUUGCAUUAUCCAAGGUCGCGCCCCUCCAGGUCGCACCGCCCAAGGUCGCGUUGCCCGAGGGCGCCUCAACGGCCCAGGUUGUGUCACCCCAGGUUGCGCCGCCCAAGGUUGCGUUGCCCGAGGGCGCCUCAACAACCCAGGUUGUGUCACCCGAGGUUGCAGAUGUUGUGGAUGUUGUGGAUGAUAUUUCUGGCGAGGACAACGACUCGAGGUCCAACAAGUCCAGCGAUAGCCAUCGUUUCAUCAAACCCAUGACGACGACGCUUCAACACUAUUUGCACAAACGUUCUUCAAGCUCUCCCCAUUCGCCCUCUCUACGGAGUCCUGUACGGGAGGUAAAACGCAGCAAGAUCAGCCCCACCUACAGUGGCAGGAAGCCUAAAAUCACUUAG